AUGCGGCUUUAUAGCCUUCUGAUUUUCGCAAUAUGCAUCCUAUUUCAGCAAGCUCAGGCAAGAGCGGUAUUUGCACACUUCAUGGUUUCCAACACAGAAGGCUACCCGAUAUCAGAGUGGGAAUAUCACAUGAACCUGGCUUUAGAUGCCCAUAUUGAUGCAUUUGCUCUUAAUAUCGCUAAUGGCGAGACAACAAAUUUGAUUUCGUUAGAAAGAGCAUUCCAGGCUGCCGAGAACGUUGGGUUUCAGCUAUUCUUUUCGUUUGAUUAUGCUGGAAAUGGGGCCUGGGCUAAAGCAGAUGUGAUCAACUUGAUUAAGACCUAUUCUGGAAGCGCUUAUUGGUACUAUAAUGAUCAACCUCUGUGUUCGACCUUUGAGGGGCCAGAUAAUGCUGCCGAUUGGAUUGAUAUCAAGAAGGAAACAAACUGCUUCUUUAUUCCUGAUUGGUCAUCUCUUGGAGCUGAUGAAGCUAUGCAGCAAGCUGACGGAGUUGCUGAUGGACUUUUCAGCUGGGCCGCUUGGCCUUACGGUCCUGCUGAUAUGGAUACUUACAUUGAUGCCUCCUAUCAGCAAUUCCUUGAUGGAAAACCCUAUAUGAUGCCUGUAUCACCCUGGUUCUUUACUAAUAUGCCCGGCUACGAUAAAAACUGGCUAUGGCGGGGGGAUGACCUCUGGUAUGACCGCUGGCAGCAAGUAUUUUGGCUCGCUCCUGAGUUUGUUGAGAUUAUCUCAUGGAAUGACUACGGCGAAUCUCACUAUAUUGGUCCGAUCUAUGAUGUUCUAGCUGAUCUAGCAGACACAACAUAUGUGGCCUUUGAUGAAGACUAUGGCGAUGCACCCUAUAACUACGUUGCUAAAUAUGACCAUAGCGGCUGGAGGGCGCUCUUGCCUUUUCUGAUUGAUACUUAUAAGAACAACUACACAACAAUCACAGAAGAGGGCCUCACUGCGUGGUACCGUUUGAAUGCUGCGGGGGCGUGCUCCUCUGACGGUGGAACUACAGGAAACACAGUGAGCCAGCUUCAACUUGAGUAUUGGCCCUAUGAAAUCCCACAGGAUAAGAUCUUCUACGAUGUGCUUCUUGGGUCUACUGCCAAUAUCACUGUUAGUGUAGGCGGGGUGAAGCUUGAUGCCACUUGGGACCACACGCCUAGUGGUGGUGCCGGAAUUUACCAUGGAAGUGUUUCAUUCACUGGACAUUCUGGAGAUAUCGCAAUUGAGGUAACUCGUUCUGGAGAAACAAUCUUUGCCUGGGGUGGUGAAAGCAUUGUGGAUGGAUGUUCUAAUUCCUUAGGAAUCGAGAACUGGAACGCAUAUACUGGGUACUCAAUGUCUCUUGACACGAUUUCUGUUGAAACCAGCUCAUUCGCCGAGUACGUUUGUAUUGAUGGCUGGGGGAAGGGUAAUUUUGAUGGCCUAUGUGAAUUUACUUGUGCCUAUGGAUACUGUCCAGUAGGUGCUUGUGUAUGUUCUAAGAUGGGUCCUCAACCGACGAUGCCCACAGCUACAGGGGUUAUAGGUUACCCUAUAGCAGGCGAGAGUGCUAGCUACAGUGGUCUCUGUUCCUUCGCAUGCAACUACGGCUACUGCCCUGAUACCGCCUGUGGAACAGUCGAGGUUGCACUCACUGUUCCUACUGUGUCGCCAUUCACUCCGGAUACUUGUACGGCUGGAUCCGGCACGGACUCCUUUAUCGGCCUAUGCAGUUACAGCUGUAAUGUAGGCUAUUGUCCGAUUCAUAACUGUACCUGUACAGAAACAGGCCCACUGAACGAACCCGCGACAGCCGACACCAGUAUCAUUGGAAUUUCUAAUGUGGGUGGAGAUAGUGGGCUAUGCGACUUUGCCUGUGAGCGAGGCUACUGCCCGACACCUACAUGUACAGAUGGCAUUCUUAUCGUUUCUGAUUCCUCCGGUUCGAGUACCGUCGAUGAUCUACCAUGUAUAAACCUUGUCCCAGGACAAAACACUACGGCUGAGCUUAAGAAAUACCUCACCUUGGGGAUUUCUUAUAUUGAUGAGUAUAUCGCGACUUCAAAAAAUCUUAGCUACUGGGAUAUUGAGAUGACACAGACUGUCAGUAUCUCUGAUUGCAACAGCUUUCCACUCGCUAGUGCCUGCGAUGCCAUUGCACCACUUGACUGUACCACAGGCGGCAUCGAUCAGGGUUUAUACUGGGCCCAGUUCUUCAUCCACAACUUUUAUGCAAAUCUGGUUCAGUGGUACGACGCCUUUCAUACUUCGUUCUCGACAUCCACUUUGAAUAUUGAUCAAAUUGUUGAGGCAUUUGACCCAACUAUAGAUAUAAGCGGUUUUGAUAGCGCCGUUUCUGCAUUUACAACUGCCUUUGGCGAGGCCUCGACCUUUAUACAAUCUAUUCCUGGCUACGAUCAACUUAACACUGCUACCACCAUUGUGACGACCAUAACUUCGCUUCUUAACGAGGGGACAUCAACCAUUCCAGAUACAGAUACUGUUGAGCAAAUCUUGACGAACACUAUGGAAUCCCUUUUCACUAGGAUUACGAACCUUAUCGUUAAUUUGGAUUACGAAAUUUUCCAAGAUCCCACGAAUUCAUCCUAUUUGCCCACGGAUUUGAUCUCGGGCCCUUAUACCUACGCAGUGUCUAACUUUCUAUACCACUCUCAAUCAUACUUCGAGAUCAGUGGAGAGAUAUGGAACGAAGCCCGUGCUAAAAUGAACUCCACUUUAGAGCAGUGGAUGGUUGGGCAAACCAUGGCAUCGGCUGACUAUUAUAUCCUCAAGAAUGGCCAAACAUUGGACGAAUGCGACGAUGUUAGCUCUUAUCAGAUUAAUGGCAGCUGUUAUCAGAUAGCAUACCCUGGUCGACCGCUAUGCAAGAUAGGGUUUGGCCUUAGUAGCACUGUGGACAACAGCACCAUCCAGAAUAUCGAAGACUAUGAUAUCGACGUCAAAGAUCUGAUCACAGUCUCAGAAUAUUGCCAAAAUCAAACAGGACAGUACUAUGGAAAAGGCUCUGGCUCUGACCUGAAAUUGGAGUCACAUGGCUUCCAAGUAACUUAG